AUGGAGAACGGUAGCAAUGGCUUAAAUAAUUUUAGAAAAGUAGCACUAAUCACUGGAAUUACUGGCCAGGUAUAAUAUAUUUUAACUUUACAUUAAAUGUAUAUUUAUUAUAGAUAAUUAUUAUUUUAGGAUGGAUCAUAUCUAGCUGAACUGUUAUUAAACAAAGGAUAUGAUGUUCAUGGAAUUAUACGACGGUCAAGCACAUUUAACACAGGUCGUAUUGAACAUCUUUACUUAGAUCCAAAUUCACAUAUGGAAGGUAAAAUGAAACUCCAUUAUGGUGAUAUGACUGACAGUAGUUGUCUAGUGAAAAUUAUAGGUAUUGUGAAGCCAACAGAAAUAUAUAAUUUGGCUGCUCAAAGUCAUGUAAAAGUAAUGUACUAAUGUAUUGUACUAAUUAUCUGUUUUUCAAUUUGUGUGAUUUUUCAUUAAAAUACAUAUUUGAAUUUUAGAUUUCAUUUGACUUAAGUGAAUAUACUGCUGAAGUAGAUGGAGUUGGAACUCUUAGGUUACUUGAUGCCAUUAGAGCUUGUCAACUAGAAAACAGUGUACGUUUUUAUCAAGCUUCCACAUCUGAACUAUAUGGAAAAGUUGUUGAAAUUCCUCAAAAAGAAACUACUCCAUUUUACCCUAGAUCUCCAUAUGGUAUUGAUUUUAAUACUUGUUAAUAUAUAUAUAUUUGUUUUUGAUAUUAUCCAAAAUUGAAAAAAAAAAAUUACAUAUAUUUUUCUAAAAUACAAGUAAUUUAUUUAUUUUAAAUUCAGUGUGUAGUGAGGACUAUGUUGGUUUUCCUAUAAUUUGUGAUUUUUUUUUUUUUAUUUGUGUGUAUGAAUAACUUUUUUACCAAAAAUCUUGCUUUCAUCAAAAAUGACAAGUUAGCUCUUUUGUAGUAUCUGGAUUUCGUUGGUGCAUAAGAGUGGUCAUUUUUUGAUUUUGUUUUGUUUUUUACAAUAAAUCAUAAUUUUUAUAAUAAUUGUAAAUAAUGGGAAAAAACAGAUAUAUUUACAUCAAUACAAAGUUUAUUAUUUGUGAUGCCAAUUUUUUUUUUAAAAUAACAUGCCUUUUUCAUAGAAUAUUUAUAUUAGCCUUUACUAGAUGUAAUCAAAUUUGCAAAUCUUUUUGGUAAUUUUCAAGUAUUUAUAGGUAUUGACAUUUUCAGAUUUGUUUAGUUUUUAAAUGGUUUUAUUUGAUUAUAAUUGUUUGGUUAAAUAUAAAUACUUGAAAAUUUAAUAAGAGGUUCAUUAUAAAUUGUACUUAAUGGUUAAAUAAAAAAAGUUUUGUUUAAUUUAGUAGUUUUUAUUUAUAUUUAUUUUAGUUUUAAAUUCUGAAAAAAAGUUUUAAACAUAUUUAAUGCUCAGAAUCAUAUUUUAUCAGCAAUUAUUUAUCAUUGUGUACAAAUCUAAUAUAAUUUAAUUAAGUUUAUGUAUCCUACCUUCUUAACCUAUAACAGUGGCACACACAGCAAUAGUAUCAACUAUGUUUUUUCAUUUUUAGCAUGUGCCAAAUUGUAUGCUUAUUGGAUUGUUACAAAUUACCGAGAAGCUUACAAUAUGUAUGCCUGUAAUGGGAUUCUGUUUAAUCACGAAAGUCCAAGAAGAGGUGAAAACUUUGUAACUAGAAAAAUUACCAGAUCAGUGGCAAAAAUAGCCAUUGGAUCCUUAGAUUGUAUACAAUUGGGAAAUUUAGAUUCUAAACGAGACUGGGGCCAUGCCAAAGAUUAUGUUGAAGUUAGCACUAAUUAAAUUUAAAUAUUAUCAAAUUGAAAACGUAUGUUAAAAUGAUUACUUUUUCAUUUUAAGGCAAUGUGGUUAAUGUUACAACAAGAUGUACCUCAAGACUUUGUAAUAGCUACUGGUGAAAUGCACAGUAUUAGAGAAUUUGUAGAAAAAUCAUUCAAACACAUUGGUAAAACAAUUAUUUGGGAAGGAAAAGGAUUAAAUGAAGUGGGUAAAGAAGAAUCUACCAAUAUUGUACGUGUUAGAGUGAAUGCUAAGUAUUUCCGUCCAACUGAAGUUGUAAGUAUAUUGUAAUUUUAACUUUGCAGCAUCAUGCAAAUGCUUUUUUUGUUUAAAUAUUACCUAUAUAUUAUACCUAUAAUAUAAAAUUAUUAACAUUUAUUAAAAAUAUUAAGUAAAAAUGAAGAUGAUUUAUGUUUCUGAAUAAUACAAUAAGGCGGUACUUUAUUAAAAAGACAAUAAUAUUAAUAAAAAGUAGCUGUGACCUUCCAUUUCAAAUACUUUUUUUAAAUAACAAUCAAAUAUCUAUUUUCUGUUCUCUUAAAUAAUAUUUAUUGUAAAGUGUAACUAAAAUACAUAUGAUAAUUUGUUUUUUAUUAGAUUUUGAGUGAAGCAGUUUAUUAGUUUUAUUAUAAUGUAUGAUUAUUUGUUCAUUUAAUUUUUAUGUAUGUAUUGAUAAAUUUUUUACCAGAAAUUUUGCUCUUAUAAAGUGACAAGAUAGCAUUUGUGUAACAACCUGGAUUUAGUUUGUACGUUGGAGAGAUCAUUUUUGGAUUUUCCAAUUAGUUUUUAUAAUAAUUGGGAAAAAAUGGGCAAAUUUACAUCAAUAAAUGUUUCAUUAUUAAUCAAUUUGGUUUUUCUACCACAAAUCUUGUUCUAAAAUUUCAAAAGUCGGAUCUUUUCUCAAGGAAAAUUGUUCACAACAAAAUGUUGUUGAUUCAUUAGAAAGUCAUUUUAUUUUCCUUGUUGUUUUUUUAAUAAUUGGAGGAAAAAAAGGGAAAGUUUACGGUUUAAUUAUUAUUAUUAUUAUUUUUUUUUUUGUUGUAAUUCGAUUAAAAAUAAUUGUAGAAAUUUGAAAUGUUAACAUGAUACUUUUAUUGACCUAUUGAUCUAGACAUGGUACAAUGUUCAAAACAUUCCAUUGAUUUUUGAGUUUUAUAGGUAUUUGACAAUAUUAUUUGUAGGUAUUUAAUAUUUGGUCAAUAUUUUAUAGAUAAAAUUGUUUAACCUUACAGAAAUGCUUGAAAAUUUAAUUACAAGUUUACAAUAAUAAUAAUUGUUCAAUAAGUUACUAUUCUAAUAUUAUUAUAGUUUGUCAAUAUUUGUCAACUUACAUAAUAUUCCAGUAUGUAUAUCUGACUAAACAUCCAUUUUCAAAAUAUUAAAAUAUUAAUUUCCACCAAUUAAGUCUAUACCUGUAAUAAAAUAUGUUAUAUAAUAUAUAUACAUAUAUACAAAUAGGGUGAUUCACUUAUAAUGCUCACCCCGUUUUUUUUGUUAAAUUUUGCAUAUAUUUAAAUUUAAAUUUUUGAAACAUUUUUAAAUGUAAUUAAAGCUGAUAUUUUCGAAUACUUAGAUUUUUCACAAUAUUUAAGGAGUAUUCUGUGAUGAUACCAACUUUGCUUUUUAAAUGAGAACCUUUAUUAAAAAUUCCAUAAAUAGAUGGAGUAUUACUUUAAAUACAUUUUGGGAAGUAGUAGUAGUAAUUAUUUAUGGGGAGAGUAGUGGACUGGUGGUGUACUAAUAAAACGCCGCACGCCGUGCUACCACACAAAUGAUAUUCCACCACUCUCCCACUACCUAAAUUUAAAAGUGGAAUAUCUCGUUAACGGGUUGAUGGAAAUCAAAAAUAUUGACACCAAAAUUUAUUUAAAGUAAUACUCCAUUUAUUUAUGUUGUUUUUAAUUAGGUUCUCAUUUGAAAAAACAAAGUUUUUUACGGGAUCAACACCUUAAAUGUUGUGAAAAAUUCAAAUAUUCGAAAAUAUUGGCUUUUGAUCCAAAAAUCAUAAUUUAAAUAAAUGCAAAGUGUAGUCAAAAAAUAAGGUGAAUCAUCCUGUAUAUACAUAUAUAUAUAUAUAUAUAUUAAUAAAUUAAAGAUAUAAAAAUAGAUUAAAGAUGUACUUACAUAAACAAGAUUAUUAACAAAACUAUUCAUUAUAUCAUAGUACUUUUUAGUAUUUACCAUUAGAGAUUGUAUACGCUUUUAAAUUCUGAACGUAACAAGUAAUGUAUUAGUUUUAAUUUUUGUAUUUUUAUUUUUUCUAUAUGUAAACAACUUUUCUACAAAACAUUUUUUGCUAAUGCAAAUGACCUUUUAUUUGAUGUAUUUCUGAUCUAGUUGGUAGAUGGGAGAUUUUUUGUUUUAUUUUCCAUUUAGUUUUCCUAAUAAUUGGGUAAACUGGGAAAAAAACUUAUAAUAACAGUAAAGUUUACAGCAUUGAUUGCAUUCAUAAUUUGCGAUUUUGUUUGAAUUCAGUUUAAAAUAAUCGUAGAGAUAUACAAUUUUCACUAAAUACUUAUGUUGGCCUAGACAUGGUGAAAUUUUGAAAAUAGUCUUUCGAUUAUUGAUUUACAAAUAUUUGGGAUCUUAUACCUAAUACAGUUAUUUUUUUUAUAAACAUUAUUUUAAGUUUAAAUUUUGAAGAAAAUCAUACAAAUUUUGUAUUUAUAAAUAUAACCACAUUUCUUUGCAUAGAAUUGUAUUUUGUCAAUGGUUUAUUGUUGUUUACAUUUAUAAAUUGAAUAACUUUAACAUUUUUUAAUUAAUUUUAUUUUUCAAUAACUGAAGAUUUUUUUUUUUUGUUAAAACUGAAAAAAGUAUAUGGUAUUGACACUAAAUACUUAAAACUCUUAAAAUAAUUUUCAUUAUUAUUAUUUUUAUUAUUUGAACUCAUCUGGGUGGAGGGCCGAAGAUGUUUUGAUAAUGCUAUAUAAUGAAUGUUAUACUUAAUUAAAAAUAAAAUUAUAUUUUUUGAAUUUAUAAAAAAAAGCGUUGUGCAAUCAUUUGAGCUUUAUUUUAAAACUAUUUUUAAUUUAUUACCCCAACUAAGAAUAAACUUAAGUUUUUCAAGUAGAAACCUUUCUUUUUUGAACAUAAAAUUAAAUAGAGAAUAUUUGUCUAGACAUUUUGGUAUGCAUAAUAUUAAUAUAAGAUAAAUAUAUUUAAAUAUAAGAUUUAGCGUUUAUGAGUUAUAACCAUUUAAUGUUGUUAGUUAAAGGAGUUGGUAAAAGUUAUCAAUUUUUAAUUUUAUAAUAAAUAUGCAAUUUUUUUAGUAAUUUCUAUACUCUUUUUCAAAUAAGAAUACAUCGGGUGACGGACGAAAACCAGUUCACAUUCUAUUAUAAUUACUAAUUUUUGUGGUAGGGGUGUGUGGUUCCGCCUCUGAUAACGAUGCAUGACGUAGUGCAUUUUCAUUUGAAAAAAAGUAAAGAAAAAUAUUCUUUGUUUGAAUAUAUGUUCAAAAGGGUGGUUUCUAUUUGAAAACAAAAGUAUAUACUUAUUUAAGGUAUAUGGGGAUUGGUAAAAAAUUAAAAAUGGUUUUAAAAUAAAGUUUAACUGAUUCUAUAAUGAUUAAAAGAAAACAAAAAAAAAAUCACUUAAAAUCAUCAGUGAUAGUUGUUGGUUUAUAAUGAAAAAAUCAUCCUGUAUGGAUCCUGCAUACCUUUUCUAAAAAGAAAUUGUAUCUUAUUGGUGCAUUAGAGACGUCAUUUUUAGAUUUUCCAAAAGGCUGUUAUAAAUAGGGAAAUUCCAAAAGAAAAUCCUAGGUAAAACAGUAUAUAUUUAUGGCUUCUGUUUUUAUUUUUGUAACUUAUGUUUUCUAUCAGAAAUAUUGCUCUAAUAUUGAAAAAUGACAAGAGAUCGAUUCUGUUAUAUAUAGCCAUUGACGGAAAUAGUAUUUUUUUGUUAUUCAAUGUAGUUUUCACAAUAAUUGAGAAAAACCAAAAAUAAAAUAUAAUUUAAUUAAGAAUAUUCGUAGAGACCUAUUUUCACAGAAAACUUACAUUUGUUUUUUUAUAGACAUGGUAAUAAUUUCAAAACAUUUAGGCCAUUUUUGAGCUAUUUAUAAACAUUUUAAUUUUGUGAGUUUUUAUGCUAUUUUCAAUUGAUAUUUAUGCAUAGAAUUGUUAGACUAAACAGAAAUGCUUGAAAAUUUGAAAGAAGGUCAAUUAUAAGUCGUACUUAGUGGUAAAAAAAAAAAAAAAAUGAUAGUAAUGUAUUAUUUUUUAUUUUAUAACAGUUUUAAAAUAAAAUUUUGACAAAAAUCUUAAAUAUUAUUCAUUUGUACCUAUAUUCAUUGGAAAGUAUUAACUUUUUUAGAUUUUUUUUUUGACAACUUAAGAAACAAGAAGCUCUAAAAAGAUACAUAAAGAAUGAUAAAAAAAGUAAUGGUAAUGUAACAUUUUAGAGCUGCUUAUUUUUUUAAUUGUCCAAAAAUCAAUUUUUGAAAAAGUUAAUACUUUUCAAGAAAAUGUUAAAUGAAUCACUGGGUACAUUUGUUUAUUUAAAUGUACUAUUUUUAUAUUAAGCAAGUGAUGUAUUUAAUUAAAGGGAUAGUUAAGGUAUUUAAUUUAUUUUUCUGCUUUUCGGAUUAAUAGACUAAAUUAUUUUUAUCAUAAUUUGGAGAAAACUUUGUAUGUUUAUUUUAUUUAUUAAUUUUAAGUUUAAUGAAAUAUAUAUAUAUAUAUAUAUUUUUAAACCAUUAUUACAGUAUUAAUAAAUAUUUAAAUUAAUGUAGAAAACUAACUUUCAUUUUUUUUCCUCUUUAUUUUUUUCAAAAACCUUUAGUAAAGUUUUUUUUAAUACAUGUAUUUAUUGCAUUUUUAACAAAUUUGAAUGGUUGAUUACCUCUCAAAUACAUUCCCAUGCUUUAUAAAUUGUAUGUAAAAAUGUUGACAAAUUUAAACCAGUAAAAUGUAUAUAUUUUUAUGUAGAGAUAUAAUUUUCACGUUCUAUAGUAUUUUAUACUUUUAUCUGCAGAGACGUUCUGAUUUAUGUUAUAAUUUUCAAUUUUUUUUUUUAAAUUGUAACAGAAAAAAAUUAAACACUUUAAUCAUCAUUAAAAGCUUUCUUCACUUUGAUCAUAAUGCAAAAAUUAAUUUUAAUGAUUUUAAUAAAAUUUUGUUGUUUUUAUUAAACUUUUAAAAUAGCUAAACUUAACUGAAUUUUGUUGGGAGAAAAAAUAAAAUAUAGAGUAAGACUAACUAAAAUAACUGAAAUAUGUCAUAUUUUAAUUCUAUCAAAUAUUCAUUUUUGUUUUAUAAAUGUUCUAAAAAAGAGUGUAAAAAGAAAUUAUUUUUUUAUCUUGACCUAUGUUGGAUCUAUUUCAAAAGGGGUAAAAAAAUAUGAAAAUAUCUUGUAACAGAAAAAAGCCACAACAGGAUCCUACAUUUUUGUAGUUUUGUUUCUGAAUUCUUUAACACUUAAGCAGGCGCUUAAUGUUCAUAGAGGGGUCUAUCAGAUUCUAUUUGUAAAAAUGCGUAAAACAUGUAUACAAAGUUCACUUUUUUUUUAAAUUCAAAGACAUUAUGAGUUACCAUAUGAUAUAUAAAUAUGGUUAAAAAUUUAAUAAUAAAAGCUAUAUUUUUUUUAUUUAUAUAAAUAUUUGUUAUCAUUGGAUUUGUUUAAGUAAUAAAGGUCUCAGUAAAACGUUUUGAUUUUAAAUUGUUUUAUGAUUAUAUUAUGUUUUAUUAUUAUCAAUGAAUAUUUGUUUGAAUUACUAAUGGCAUUUUAUAUGAAGGGCUAUAACAACGUGGGCAUAGGAUAUAUGAGAUAAAAUUGCAGGAAACUAUAUUAUUGUUUUCCAUGGUAUUAUUCUGUAUUGUUUUUUGUUUUACACUAUGGUAGAUUUUUUCUACAUUACAUGUUUCAAUUUAUAUAAUUGAACAAGAAAAAAUACAUUGUUUGCAAAGGUGUUCAUCUCGUUCAUUGUCUGUCUGGCAUAGUAUAUAGAAUGUUUGUAUUUGGCAUGUGUUUAUUCAAAUAACAUAAUCGUUCGGUUUUCAACAGCACAACAAAUGAAUAUAAAUAUAAUGUAUACUUGUUUAUUAUUCCCCGGCAAUAUAAAAGAACAUUAGCUUUGUUUACAAUUUCUGCAAUGUGGGCCCCCGCUUGUCAUUGUAGAUUAUAUAUUAUAAAAAAUACAUCCGGCGGGCAUAAAAUAACAAAGGCAAUCAUUGCACAAACACAUAAUAAUGUAUUAUAUUGAUUUUGACAACACUUUUGGAUUAUUGCUAUUUAAAAAAAAACUUUCAGGAACUUUUGUUGGGCGAUGCAACCAAAGCAAAAACAGUUCUAGGAUGGGCACCUAAAGUGAAUUUUGAGGUAAACAUUGGGGUUAUGUAAACAAAUGGUACAAUACUUAAAAAUUUUAUUUAAAUAUAUUGUUUGUCUUUCUAGCAACUUGUUCAUGAAAUGAUGGAAGCCGAUUUAGAGCUAAUGAGAAAAAAUCCAUCAGCUUAA